AGUCGGUGCGAGAGCAAAUAUGGCGACUAAGUUUAGCAAACCAAAUGUCAUCUAAAAUUAUUCCCUUAUAACUCUUGUUUUUCUAUUUGUUGCAUGGCGAAUAUUAUUUUCUUAGUAAAUUACUAAUGUUCUCUACGAUAUACGUUGUUUAGUAGUUCAAUUAGUUAGAUUGUCGCUGUGUUGAUGCCGUUUCGAUAAUGAAUGAGUACCGUCCAGCUCCUGACGCAGACGCUACAAAACAGCAAGAACGGCAUUACUACUUGUUGUCAGAGCUCCAGAUCUUAGCAAAGGAUUUGCCGAGCUCCUUCCAACAGCGCCUGUCUUAUAAUACACUUGGCGACUUGGCUCUGGCGCUCAUAGAUGGAACAGUUUAUGAAAUAGUGCAAGGCCUCUUGGAUAUUCAGCACCUGACCGAGAAAAAUCUUUACAGCCAGAGGCAAAAGUUGCACUGUGAACACCAAGCCCUUAAGCAAGAGAUAGCAAGGAAGCACAAAGAGGCUCUGCUGUCAUGCAAGUCUCACAACCUGGCACUCCUCAAAUCAAAUCAGCAAGCUGAACUAGAGGCCCUGGAAAUUCGGGUGCGAGAAGAACAAAGACUAAUGGAUAGGAAAAUUGUGUCUGAGAUUGAUCAAAAAGUUACAGAUCAACAGAAUACUCUGGAGAAGGCUGGAGUUCCUGGGUUUUAUAUCACUGCAAAUCCCCAGGAGCUGACAAUGCAGAUGAACUUACUGGAGUUGAUUCUGAAGCUUCAACAGAAAGAAUGCCAGUCUGGAUUUCUAUGACAAUGACAUCAUCUGUCACAUUUAUGUGUCACAGUUCAUGUUAAAAUGCAAUUGUAGGCAUUACACUAACAAAUUCUCAAGUAUACAAAUACAAGAAAAUGUAAUUCCUUAAAAAUACAUACAUUUGAACUUUCGGGUGACAUCAAACAAUUGUAGUUGUUCCUGAAACCAGUCACUUGACCCUCAUUUAGUUCCAUCUGGGAGCAUUAGGUGGCCUGGAAAACCCCUACAUUAAGAUCAACAAAGCAUCUGAAUUAAACUAAAGCAACGAGACUUGGACAACCCGCUGCUGGCCUUUAGGUUUUUACAUUUAGGAUGGGAGAGCGUGACAGUGCCUGGUUUAUGUUUUGAUGAGAUUUGAUUGCAUAUUUAUUUCUGUUAUAUGUGAGAUGCAAUGCACUUUUUUUUUUAUUACAGUUUGCCUCGUGUAUCUUUGUUGUCGGUUUUGGAGGAAUAGUGGUAUAUUUUCUUGAUAAACUGUUUUUGUUGUCGGUUUUGGAGGAAUAGUGGUAUAUUCUUAAUAAACAUUUUUUCCUCUUUUGGUCCCAUACUGCAUAUAAAUACGAGUGAACUAAGAUUACUUUUGAACUUUUUUCCAAUACAGAAUUGUUGAAUCAG